GGGAUGAAGCCUGACACGAGCGCAGUUCUGUCGGUAACGUCUCGCUCGGGCUUUUAUCAAACGACGGUUAUUUAGCGCGUAGCCAGCUAGCUUCCGGCUAGUUUGUCAUGCGGAACAGCGCUGGGCGAUCGGCAAGGUAUUCUGCGGAUCGGGGGGGGGGGCGGCGGCCAACGGCAAGUUUCUGUAUCGGAAAUACGCGCAGGCAAGUUUGGCGACGUGCCUCCUGGUGCUGAACGGGUCACGAUACAAGUAAACCGACGGGCGUUGUGAAAGUAGGAUGCGAGCCAAACGGGAAGAGGCUUGCGUUGACGUCUCGUCUUGUAUCCUUUGUCGCGGCCGUAACGACGCAUGUCACUUUCGUUUCGAGGGCGGCUGAAUUUUACCGACGGCGGCGAAACAUUUACGUCGUUCUGAUUUUUCCAACACAUUUUACGCGCGUCAAUUUGCGUUCUCCGCUGCCGCCCCCCCCCCCCCCCAUGUCCGAGCGAGGCAGCGUCUCGCUUAUGGUUGAGGAGUGCCAUGGAGCUCCUGGAAGAGGACCUUACGUGCCCGAUCUGCUGCUGUCUCUUCGAUGAUCCGCGGGUUCUGUCCUGCUCGCACAGCUUCUGUAAGAAAUGCUUGGAGGGGAUUUUGGAAGGAAACCGAGGUCCGGCUUGGAGACCACCUUUCAAAUGCCCUACCUGCCGCAAAGAGACGGCUCACAAUGGCGCGAACAGUCUGCAGAUUAACUAUUCCCUGCGCGGAAUAGUGGAGAAGUACAACAAGAUAAAAGUCCUGCCGAGAAUGUCGCUGUGUAAACGGCACGACGGCCAGCCACUCAACAUAUUCUGCUCCACCGACCUUAAACUCAUCUGCGGAUUUUGCGCAACGACCGGCGAACAUAAAGGGCACACAUUUUGCGCCUUGGAGGACGGGUACGAGCAAGAGAAAGCGGCGUUCGAAGAGCUGUUUGAAGGGGAGGAGAGCUGGAAGAACGCAGAUAUUCUAUCCUGCCUGGAGACGCUGGAAACCGGUAAGAAAAAGGCGCUGCAGCUGGUCUCGAAGGACUCGGAGAGAGUGGCGGACUAUUUCAGGGACUUGACCAGCGCCCUCGAGCACAAAAAGGAUGAGAUCCUGUCCGAUUUCGAGACGCUGAAGCUGGCGGUGAUGCAAGCCUACGACCCGGAGAUCAACCGGCUGCGCACGGCGCUGGAGGAGCAGCAGAGGGCGCUCAGCAUCGCCGACUCCUUCAGGAACAUCUCCGACCCGUUGUGCUUCCUCCAGAGGAUGCAGGAGUUCAGGGAGAAGCUCCGGCUCAUCCGGGAAACGCCGCUGCCCACCCGGACGGACAUGGACGUCGGUCCCGUCGUGCACAACUUCGACGUCCGGCUGUGGGAUUCGCUCAGACUCGGGGAGGUGGAUCAGAUCUCCGUGCCGCACGACAGCGGCUCCUACUGCGGCGCGUCCUCCCGCCUCGGAGGAGCGAUGAGGGGAUUCGUCGUGUUUUUGGCUUUAUUGCUGCCGGGUGUCCUCCUGCUGCAGUACGGCGGCUUCGUCUCCCUCCGCACCUCCGCCUGCUCCCAGGGCGAAGCGCUUCUCGCCGUCGUCUCGUCGCACCUCACCGAUGCGGGCCGGUACUGGCACGACGGGGUGUCCGUCUGCGCGGGUUUAAUGGACACAUGUCAGAGUUGUGUCCUGGCCCUUAUAGAUACCACUGUCCAUUAUAUUGGCAGCUGUAAGUUUUCUUGAUUUAUUGGCUUUGUGCCAUAUGAGCACUCCAGUCCACAUAACUGUCACAUGGAGUCACACGUUCAGAGUGCCAGUGGUCCAUGGGGUGCACAACAGAUGAACUAAUCUAAAAACGGCACUGAACAAAUCAGAAAUCAUUUUAAGGCCUGUAUUAUUAUAAAAAAAACGAAACGUAUAUAUCCGUCUCCAAUCUGAGUCUCUCCUUUUCCCUGUUUAAAUGGUCUGUAUCCUCCCUGUCUCUCACGUGUUUUUUUUUAGUUGCGUCGUCAUUUCCCAUUUUCUUAUUACCACUUGUUUGAUAUCUUUUCUAAUAAAUUUUAUCGAACGAU